AUGGCCAUGUCCACCAUGUCCAUCUGCUCCAGUGACCUGAGCUAUGGCAGCCGCGUCUGCCUUCCUGGUUCCUGUGACUCUUGCUCUGACUCCUGGCAGGUGGACGACUGCCCAGAGAGUUGCUGCGAGCCCCCAUGCUGUGCCCCCAGCUGCUGCGCCCCGGCCUCCUGCCUGACCCUGGUCUGCACCCCAGUGAGCUGUGUGUCCAGCCCCUGCUGCCAGACGGCCUGUGAGCCCAGCCCCUGCCAAUCAGGCUGCACCAGCUCCCACACAUCCUCGUGCUGCCAGCAGUCUAGCUGCCAGUCGGCUUGCUGCACCUCCUCCCCCUGCCAGCAGGCCUGCUGCGUGCCCAUCUGCCGCAAGUCUCCUGUCUGCUGCAAGUCCCUCUGCUGUGUGCCUGUCUGCUCUGGGGCUUCCACUUCAUGCUGCCAGCAGUCUAGCUGCCAGCCGGCUUGCUGCACCUCCUCCCCCUGCCGGCAGGGCUGCUGCGUGCCCCUCUGCUGCAAGCCCGUCUGCUGUGUGCCUGUGUGCUCUGGGGCUUCCUCUCUGUGCUGCCAGCAGUCUACCUACCAGCCAGCUUGCUACACCACCUCAUGCUGCAGACCCUCCUCCUCCGUGUCCCUCCUCUGCCGCCCUGUGUGCAGGCCCAGCUGCUGCAUGCCCAUCCCCUCCUGUUGUGUGCCCACCUUCUCCUGCCAGCCCAGCCACUGCUGCCUGGCCUCCUGCAUGUCCCACCUCUGCCGCCCUGUGUGCUCCGCCUGGCCUGCUGAGGCCUCUGCUCAGGCCAGAAGCCCAGCUACUGAUGGGCAAGUCCCCUAG